CGGGUGAGGGGCCGGCGGCGGGGCAGAGCGAUGAGCUCCCGGAAAGUGCUGGCCCUGCAGGCCCGGAGGCGGCGGCCCAAGCAGCCCGCGGCGGCCGGCAGGAGGGACAAGCACAAAAACUACAGCAAAGUAUCAUGGAAUGGGGGAGAGUAUCUCACAACCUCUGUUCAAACAAAGUAAUUCGGGUGGAUAGCAAUGAAAUCAAGCAGAAGAUUGAGCUGCUGAUGUCAGUUAACUCUGAGAAGUCGUCCUCUUCAGAAAGCUCAUCAGUCUUAAUGUUGAACUGUUUACAGUCCUUGACCACGGUAUCCAAAAUGGCCUCAUGUCCAGAAGAUGAAGUUUCAAGGCCAGAGCCUCAACAGAAAGCUCCAUCGGUACCACCACCUCCACCUCCACCCCCACCUCCGCCUCUGCCAGAGCCAGCACCACCAGAACCAGAGGAGGAGAUUCUGGGAUCUGAUGAUGAGGAACAAGAAGACCCUGCAGAUUAUUGCAAAGGUGGCUAUCAUCCAGUGAAAAUUGGAGAUCUUUUCAAUGGCCGGUAUCAUGUAAUUAGGAAGCUAGGAUGGGGACACUUCUCUACAGUUUGGCUAUGCUGGGAUAUGCAGGGGAAGAGGUUUGUUGCAAUGAAAGUUGUAAAAAGUGCCCAGCAUUAUACAGAGACAGCCUUGGAUGAAAUUAAGUUGCUCAGAUGUGUUCGUGAAAGUGAUCCUAACGAUCCAAACAAAGACAUGGUUGUACAGUUAAUUGAUGACUUCAAAAUUUCAGGGAUGAAUGGAAUACAUGUCUGUAUGGUCUUUGAAGUUCUUGGACAUCAUCUCUUAAAAUGGAUAAUCAAGUCCAACUAUCAAGGCCUUCCUAUCCGUUGCGUAAAAAGUAUAAUUCGACAGGUCCUUCAGGGUUUAGAUUAUCUACAUAGCAAAUGCAAGAUCAUCCAUACAGAUAUUAAACCAGAAAAUAUCUUGAUGUGUGUGGAUGAUGCUUAUGUGCGUAGAAUGGCUGCUGAAGCUACAGAGUGGCAGAAAGCUGGUGCUCCUCCUCCUUCUGGCUCAGCAGUGAGUACUGCCCCACAACAAAAGCCUGUUGGGAAAAUAUCUAAAAACAAAAAGAAAAAACUGAAAAAAAAACAGAAGAGGCAAGCUGAGCUACUAGAGAAACGCCUGCAGGAAAUAGAAGAACUGGAGCGAGAAGCUGAAAGGAAAAAAAUAGAAGAAAAUGUAACCUCAGCUGUACCAUCAAAUGAGCAAGAAGAUGAGUACCACCCAGAGGUCAAGCUAAAAACAGCUGAUUUAGAAGAGGUAGCAGAUGAAGAGCCUGGGAAUGAUGAUGGUGAAGCAGAAGAUCAGGAGGAAAAAGAAGACACAGAAAAAGAAAACACUGAGAAAGAUGAUGAUGUUGAACAGGAACUUGUCAACACAGACUGUACGUGGAUAGAAUCCCCCAAAACAAAUGGCCAUAUUGUAAAUGGCCCAUUCUUACUGGAACAACAGAUUGAAGAUGAAGAUGAGGAAGAGGAAGACUGCCCAAACCCUGAGGAGUAUAACUUCAAUGAGCCAAAUGCAAAAAGUGAUUAUUCUUAUAGUAGCUCCUAUGAACAAUUUAAUGGUGAAUUGCCAAAUGGACGUCAUAAAAUUCCUGAGUCACAGUUCUCUGAAUUUUCAGCUUCAAUGUUCUCUGGAGCUUUAGAAUCUGUAGCUUGUGGUUCAGCUGUUUCUGAGGGAUCAUCUGUAACUGAAAGAGACGAGAGCAGCCCAUCUCAGGAUAGGAGCAGAACAGUUUCAGCAUCUAGUACUGGAGAUUUGCCAAAAACAAAAACCCGUGCUGCGGACUUAUUGGUGAAUCCCCUGGAUCCAAGAAAUGCAGAUAAAAUUAGAGUUAAAAUUGCUGAUCUGGGAAAUGCUUGCUGGGUGCAUAAACACUUCACUGAAGACAUCCAGACAAGACAGUAUAGAUCCAUAGAAGUUUUAAUAGGAGCAGGUUACAGUACACCUGCUGAUAUCUGGAGUACAGCCUGUAUGGCAUUUGAGCUUGCAACUGGAGAUUAUUUGUUUGAACCACAUUCUGGUGAAGACUAUUCCAGGGAUGAGGACCACAUAGCACACAUCAUAGAGCUGCUAGGCAAUAUCCCAAGGCACUUUGCUCUAUCUGGAAAAUAUUCUCGGGAAUUCUUCAAUCGCAGAGAUCACAUAGCAUUGAUCAUUGAACUGCUGGGAAAAAUCCCUCGAAAAUACGCUAUGUUGGGGAAAUAUUCCAAGGAGUUUUUCACCAAAAAAGGAGAACUCCGGCACAUUACCAAGCUAAAACCUUGGAGCCUCUUUGAUGUGCUUGUGGAAAAAUAUGGUUGGCCUCAUGAAGAUGCUGCACAGUUCACAGAUUUCCUGAUCCCCAUGCUAGAAAUGGUUCCAGAAAAACGAGCUUCAGCUGGAGAAUGCCUUAGGCAUCCAUGGUUGAAUUCUUAGCAGAAUCUUCAAACGUAACAUUGAACCAGCAACCACUUCCAGUGCAUCGGACCUAAAUGGUGACUGUCACAAAUUCUUUAACAGGAUCACAAGUGAGCUGGCUUCAUCCUCAGACCUUUAUUUUGCUUUGAGGUACUGUUUGACAUUUUGCUUUUUGUGCACUGUAUUCUUGGGGAAGGGUAGUCUUGUCUUCAGCUGGUAGUUUACUGACCCACUCUCUUCAGAAAACACUUAACGUGUCUUUAAGCAUCAUUUCUUGUGUUGUGUGGCAUUCAAAUGUCAAACUUUUGAACAAACUAACCCCCCCACCCCUCUGUGUUUUGGCAGGUUUUGUAACUAUUUAUGAUGAAAUAUUUUAGCUAAGUAUUAUAUAAUUUGCAAGUUUGACAUUAUCAAGUCAGAACUGAGAAAUGGCAAGGAAUUGUACAAUUUUAUUUUCUGACAAAGGGACAUCAUUCUUGUAUUAUAGUGUAUGUAAAUGCACCCUGUAAAUGUUUAUUUCCAUUUAAAUAUGGGAUGGGGACUCGGAUUUCAGAGUAAAGCUACUAAGUUUAAAGAGCUUUGUAGCAUACAAAUUGCAUGUAGCGGACUUCAAGCUGCUUUAAGGAUUUGUGUAAACUUUCCAUUUUGUAGAAGUUCCUGUACAUUAGAUUAUAAACAAAGUGGCUCUGGUUUACAAGACUUCAUUCCACAAAUGGCACUUUAAAGGAAGGCUAGACUUCUUUCUAAUGAUAAAGUAUGCAUUAUCAUUUAGCACUCCCUUUUAGAAUUUUUGCCUAUUUUAAGUACUUUUAAAGAGAAAAUAGCAAUUUCCCUUACAAUGUGAUAGUGAAGACAUGGUACCAUAUGGUGUUGCCUUUUUAUAAGCACUGUAAUUUGUACUAUACCCAAAAGAUUAAAAGUGAGCAUGGGAAAUAUUCUGUCUAGGAUUACUGAUAUGUGCUUGGGAUACAAAAAGGAUCAACCAAAAAGCAAAUAUAAUUUAGAGGACAAAAUAAUCAAACUUCUGAAACAGCUCAUGUUCAUUCCAUUCAUAGCUUUACAUGCUCCUAAAACAAAUUGCACUGGCUUUUCCCCCUCAUGAAUUGACAUAUAUAGCAAUUAGUUUGCCCUUUGUAAGUUGCACUCAAAAUUGUAAAUGUUUGGAGGGGGUGAAUAAGCUAAAUAGACUCAAAGUCAUAGGCAAUACAGAUUUUAGAAUGUAAAAUAUGGAGGUGUAUUUUGCCCUCUUUUAGAAGUCAGUGGGAUGAAUGUAAGUUUAUUUCUGGUUUUACAUAAUUAUGGUGCCACUUUUUUGACUGUCCGUUUUAAGUUUAUUCACAUGCCUUUGCAAUAACUAGAUUGUGAGAAGAUAGCUCUGUGUUGUAACAAUAACCAAUUGUUUGAGGUGCUUGCAGUUGUCUAAUUAAAAGUGUUUUGUUUUUUCAGA